AUGCCUCCAAAGAAAGUGGCCGACCAGCCCAAAAAGGCAAAACCUUCUGUGGACGACAAAACCUUUGGGAUGAAGAACAAAAAAGGCGCGACUGCAAAGAAACAGAUAGCCCAACUGCAAGCACAGUCCAAGUCCAAUGUCUCGCCUGAGGAAAAGAAGAAGCAGGCUGAGAAGGAACAAAGGGCCAAGGACAAAGCUGCGGCCGAAGCAGCGCAGAAGGAAGCGGCCGAACUGUUCAAGCCUGUACAGGUCCAGAAGGUCCCUUUUGGAGUCGACCCGAAGACGGUGCUUUGCCAGUUCUUCAAAAAGGGACUUUGCGAAAAGGGACGGAAAUGCAAAUUUAGCCACGACCUGGACAUUGAGCGAAAGGGGCAGAAGAGGGAUCUCUAUCAAGACACUCGAACUUCAGAAAAAGAAGAAAAGGAAAAGGACAAUAUGGACGAUUGGGACGAGGAGAAGCUACGGAAGGUGGUUAUCAGCAAGCACGGGAACCCGAAGACCACGACAGAUAAAGUAUGCAAGUACUUUAUCCAAGCGGUGGAGGAGGGCAAAUAUGGCUGGUUCUGGACUUGUCCGAACGGAGGGGACAAGUGCAUGUACCGGCAUAGCCUUCCACCAGGAUUCGUAUUGAAGACGAGAGAACAAAGACUGGCAGAGAAAGCGUUAAUGGAGAAAUCGCCCCUCAAGACCCUCACGCUAGAAGACUUCCUCGAAUCCGAGAGACACAAACUGACUGGCACUCUCACCCCUGUCACACCCGAAACAUUCGCCAAAUGGAAGAAGGACAGGCUCGACAAGAAAGCGGCAGAGGUUGAAGCCCAGAAAGCAAAAGACGCUACUGGCAAAGCAAUGUUCGAGAGUGGCGACUGGAAGGAUUCAGAAGACGAGGACAGCGACGCCGAAGACGACGACGACGACGGCAAAUGGAACCUCGAAGCCAUGCGAAGGGAGACAGAGAGGCUGCGCGAGCUGAAAGAGCAAGAACGGCUUGCCAAACUCAACGGAGAGCCUCUCCCAGCAGCGAACGAUGUCAACGGCUCUACCGACAGCGGCGGUGACGGCCGCAGCGAGAGUGGUGGAUCUGAGAGCAAUGGCGAAGGGCCGUCAGGCGAAAGCUAA